GGACACUUUAUUGAGUUGAAUCAUUGGGAAAUAGAGAGGGAAUUUCAAGACAUAAGAUGUCACUUUCUAAAGAUUACGUUACGGACUCAGAAUCUGACGAGGAGCAAGUCUUCACUGUUCCAAAGAACUACCAAAAAGUUGUCCCUACAAAGCUCCCGACCAAUAAGGAGAUUUGGCUCAUCAAGGCCCCAAAGGGCUUCAACUUUGAUAAACUGUCAAAGAUGCCUCUAAGUUUCAAUCCAAUGGAAGAGAGUAAUCCACUGGAACAGAACGGUAAGACAUUUGUCAUCCAAGAAGAUCUUACGGAUUUGGUAUCGGAAGGUGCCAAGUUCAAAGUCAUUGGUGAUGGGAUGAGAGACAUAAAGAGAUUCUAUAACGUUAGAGAAAAAGUGAAGAUUCCAAGCAUCAACUACGAUAAAGUUGUGAAACCAAGAAAGGACGUGAGAAAGGUCAAUGGUCUUCAGAAACAGCACUUUGCUACGGGUUACGGACGUGCCACGGGGGAUGAAACAAGUGACGUUGAAGUGGAUGAAGAUGUAGACAUGGAUACCACACCAGUGAAGAAAGAGAAGAAGGAAAAGAAGGAAAAGAAGGACAAGAAGGAGAAGAAGGAAAAGAAGGAAAAGAAAGAAAAGAAGGAAAAGAAGGAAAAGAAAGAGAAGAAGUAAAAUCUACAAUAUCCUCAGUUACAUUUUUUUUCUCG